UUUUUCGCACGAAAUUUACUCCUCUAACACCACGUACUUCACCCGAUAUGUAUAAGUCUUUCGAUCGUAGGGUUAUUUCGUGCUCUACGUUGCACUUUGCGAUUCCAGUUUCUCGCUUUACUCGCUUAUUUACACUAAUCAAUAUGAAAAACCCGAAUAACCUCAAUGCGUUCCACUUCCUAAUACCUCGUUAUUUAUCAAAGGUAGAAAUAAAAAAUAUCACCGAAAUGAACCGCACCUUGACUGAAGUCAGCAGCAUCAAUGAUGACAGCCGAUGGGGAAAAAGAUUGUACACACUGUUUGAUAUGCAACAGCAAAGUUGGAGUAUCGACAAGAAACAGUGUACGAAUAUUUGGAUCGACGUCAGUCGGGUCUACAGAGAAGCCUUUAGUGGAUACGAUAUGUUCCGUACUCGAUGUAGAAUUAACCGAAGAUACGGCGCAUUCUCUUGUUAUGUGUAAAAAGUGCUACAAGUUAUUUAACGAGAUUGAUGAACUAGAAGGCAGACUAGCAGAAGUAAAGUUGGAAAUAUUUACCAAUUACAAAAGAACAAUUGGGAAAGUGUCAAAUAUAAUUUAUCCAGAGGAAGAAGAUUUUAAUGACCAUGAUUACGUUGAAAAUCCUGAAACACAGAGCUCUGAGUCACCGGAGAAGAUUAAAGUCAACCAGAAAUUGAAGAAGAAAGAUAUCAGCGUGAAAAAAAUUCUCGACAAUGACGACGUGGAUAAGGACGAUGAGACGUCCAAAGAUAAUCUGGGAGAUUUUGGAAGCGAGGAUUUGACGACCGAUCAAUGCAGCGAGGUCGACCCUAUAGCCAUAAAGACUGAAAGUGAGGAGAAUAGUGAGAAUACGGAAGGGCGCAAAGCUAGUUCGAAAAAAGGCAAAAACAUCAACAAGUCUUCAGAGUCUGUUCAAGAGCCGAUGGUGGUAAGAGUCGGCAGUGUUUACACGUGUUUACUGUGUACAAAUGACGAUGAACGAGGGACUGGUGACGCGAAAUCAAUCAUGACGCAUUUGAAAAAUGUACACGACGCGCGUUUGUACAUCUGCGACAUAUGCAGCAUGGAAUUUCGAAAACGGAACGAGCUUUCGGUUCACCUUGAUGAUCACGUAGCAAACGAGGAAGGAGACUUUCAGUGCGAGGUCUGCAAUAGAAUAUUCAGCAAUUUACGGCUCUUCAGGAUACACAAACGAAUUCAUUAUCCUCAAUCUAAAUCUUGGCCCUGUGAAACAUGCGGAAAAAGAUACAGUUCGAGAAAUUUACUUGAGGAGCACAUCAACACUCACACUGGAGUUCGUCCUUAUGUAUGUGAAACUUGUGGCAAAGAUUUUGCCUCAAAAUACACUUACAAGGCGCACGUAAAGACUCAUGAAGUACGGCCAAGGCCUUUUGAGUGCAGCCAGUGUAGCAAGUCAUUUUUGAGCCAGCAGAACCUCACUCAGCACGAACGAACGCAUAAUGGAGUAAAGGAGUACGUCUGUCAUCAAUGCGGAAAAGCGUUCGGCUCACCGCAUAAUCUCGAGGUUCACAAUAUAGUCCACACCGGUUAUAAGCCAUACACAUGUAGAAUAUGUAAUAAAGCUUUUGCUCGCAAGGCGGAGAUACGGGAUCACGAGAGAACACAUACCGGAGAAAAACCAUACCAGUGUGAAUUCUGUGGAGCAACGUUCAGUCAAAGGUCGAAUCUGCAGUCUCACAAACGUGCAACGCACUAUAACGACAAAAGAUACAAGUGUAACGAUUGUGGGAAAGGAUUUAAACGACGUAGGCUUUUGGAUUAUCAUAUCAAAGCAGCUCACACAGGAGAAAGACCGUUUAAAUGCCCGACUUGUACAGCGACGUUUGUUUAUCCUGAACAUUUUAAGAAGCAUAUGCGCAUCCAUACAGGCGAAAAACCCUAUCUCUGCGAAGUGUGUGGAAAAGCCUUUAACAGUAGGGACAACAGAAAUGCGCAUCGAUUUAUACACAGCGAUAAAAAACCGUAUGAAUGUUUAGUGUGUGGAAUGGGAUUCAUGAGAAAACCUUUGCUUUACACCCACAUGCAAACACAGGGGCAUUUGAACGAUACGAUUGUCGUGAAUCAACCGCGAUUAACAACAGAUGACGACCAAGUUAUUACUUUACCCGAUGCCGAUGUGGAACUCUUGAUGGAAGGCGAUGACAAUGAGCAGGAGACAGAAUUGUAUAUAACCGAAUUGAAAGAUCACGUGAUCAUACAAGACGGUCCUCAGAUAUAUCAGGACGAAAAUGUUUUGAGCAUUCCAUCGGAAGAGAAUAUUGCUGAAGAGGCAGUUGAGCACCUUGUCGUUGACGGGCAGAUUGAUUUCGCUGAGAGUGACGUAAUGGGAUGCAAAACCGAGGCAGCCGAACAUAUCGAGGAAGUUUACAGUUACAACGACGGUGAAGAUGGUCCCACCAUAGUUGUACCCACCACUGCGGAGUACGACGAGAUGGCGGAGGAUAAUAAAAAUUCCGUUCGGCUGGUCCAAAUCAGAAUCCCGGCUUCAGCGGCCGACGAUGGUCGGAAUUGGUUGAACUUAGUACAAAAUACAUGAAGAAUGUAAAUUAACUUUUAUAGUACGGCGGCGAAUUAAAAUUGCAAUGUCAAUAAACUGAUAUAAAUGUUCUUUUAAAACAAAGAUAAUAUACCACUAUCAAAAUAAAUCGCUUCAAACAAUA